CAUUAAUAAAACUUACAGUAUUACUUAAAAACGACUGAUCAGAAGAGAACAUGGCUCUGUGCAAUGGAGGUCUGCUUUAACAUAUAAUUGAAAGACAGAAUUUCAAGACACCUCAAGAAAUCUCACAAUAAGAAAGUGAAUGGAAGAGGAAGCUGUAAUAACUGUGCACCACCACGGCAUGCAGAUAAACAUUGAAGAGAACACAGCACUUGUACCACAGACCCUUCAACAGCUGAUCGGCGACGGUGCUGAGAGGUCAUGCCGAUGAAUGAGACAGACUAGACUGCAGAUGUAUCUUACCUUCAUAUGUCCUGGAUGUCCACACAAACUGGGUUUUCGACAAGAUCAGGAAUAUUUAUAAAGUUUAAAUUGUUUAUUUAUGAAUCACACUUGAACUCAAGAGCAUAUAAGUGGCCAGAUACAUCCAUCUUUUCCAAUGGAUUGCUGCACAGAAUCGACCAUGAAUGUCAGUUACAACAAUAAUAACAACAAUUACUACGAUGACUAUUAUUACGAAAACGGAUCCUUAUAUGUCACUGAUACAGAAAGGGAAAAUGAAGUAAGCAUUUCGCUACAAAUUCUACCUUCUGUACUAUACUCAGCAGUAUGCAUACUCGGGGUCAUUGGGAACGGCCUCGUAAUUGGAAUUGUUGCAUUUAAGAUGAAGAAAUCCGUCAACACCAUCUGGUUGUUGAAUCUUGCAUUGGCAGAUUUCAUGUUCUCAUUUUCCUUACCUCUGACUAUUGUCUAUACAGCAAUGGACCAUCACUGGGUUUUUGGAAAAGCCAUGUGCAAAAUGAACUCAUUUAUUCUGUUCUUGAACAUGUUCACCAGCAUCCUUAUCUUAACCACCAUUAGUCUGGAUCGUUGUAUAACCGUUAUAUUUCCUGUUUGGUCUCAAAAUCAUCGUUCUACAAAACCUGCCAGUGUUCUGGCUCUUGGAGCAUGGAUGAUUGGAUUUCUCCUUAGCACCCCUUCUUUUAUUUUCCGGGACACUGAACCUAGGGACAACAGUAUAAUAUGUUUUAAUAAUUAUACAAUGUUCGGUAUCAGAAAUGGGCCAAAAAUUCAUGCCAUGAUGACCAUGAUGCGAUUUGUAUUUGGAUAUUUAAUCCCUCUCAUAAUUAUUACUAUUAGUUAUGCUAUAAUUGUCUUCAAGCUCAAGAAAAACCAUAUGGCAAAAUCAGGAAAACCGUUUAAGAUCAUAUUUACCAUCAUUGUGGCUUUCUUUAUCUGCUGGUCUCCAUAUCAUAUUCUACAUAUCUUGGAGAUGUAUCAAAAUAUUUUACCAAGCAUCUUGUUUAAGGUUGGCCUACCAAUUGCCACUGCUCUUGCUAGCGCCAAUAGCUGUAUAAAUCCUAUACUGUAUGUCAUUAUGGGCCAAGAUUUUAGGAAGUUCAAGCUGAAAAUACUAUCAAGACUUGAUAAUGCAUUGAGUGAUGAUACUAUACACACACGUCACAGCUUUAAAAGUAUGACACAUCGUUCUUCCAUGACUGACAAAGAGUCCAUGAUAUAGCAUGCUUGCAUUCCACCAAGAUGCUGUAUUUUUCGGUAUACUGAUUGUGAAGUUUGUAAAUCCUAUUGGUCAAAUAGGUUUUAAUAUUUGGAUUUAAAGUUUUUACUGUUGGCUGGAUAUAUUUGCUGGUUUUUAACAACUAAAAGUGGGCAGGUUAAAAAAAAUGAUAUUUAAAAAACAAAAUUCCAAUGAACUGUUUCGAUUUUACAAAAUGAAAUACAGACAAAACAUUAUAGGAAUUAUCCCAGAGCAUUUCAAUGAAGUAUUAUUGUAAUAUACAUGCAAUAAAAAUAUUAUAACUUUUUAUGUA